AUGGUCGACCUCUCACUAUAUCUGGUGACGGACUCCACCCCGGCCAUCCUCAAGGGCCGGGACCUCUGUACAGUUGUGGAUCAGGCUCUGCAGGGAGGCGUAACGGUUGUGCAAUACCGGGACAAAUCUAACGACACCGGAGUCCUGGUCAAGACUGCUCGGGAACUGCACCAGAUCACCCAAAAGUACAAUGUGCCGCUUCUGAUUAAUGACCGAGUGGAUGUUGCUCUUGCCAUGGGAGCUGAGGGUGUGCAUCUCGGUCAAGAUGAUAUGAAGUAUGAGGAAGCCAAGAGACUCCUCCCCGAAAAUGCCAUCAUUGGAAUCAGUACCUCUUCAGUGGAAGAGGCCAAGAAGGCCAUUGCAGAUGGUGCUGACUAUAUUGGAAUUGGUACAAUGUUUGCCACCCCUACCAAAACAAACACCAAGUCAGUCAUUGGAACUGCGGGCACUCAAGUUAUCCUUGAUGCCAUCAGUGAUUCUUCCGUGGGCACCGUUGCCAUUGGCGGAAUCAACCACUCUAAUGUACAGAGAGUCAUCUACCAGUCUCAGUCUCCAAAGAAGGCACUGGACGGAGUAGCCAUCGUUAGUGCUAUCAUGGCGGCCGAUGACCCCACGGCAUCCGCCAAGCACUUCGCCGAACUCAUCAAGAACCCUCCUCGCUUUGCCGUGGCCUCCGCUGCCCCCCGUGCUAAUGAGGUCGAGACACUGUUGACCGAAGUCCCCCAAGUAGUCCGCAAGAUGGUCGAAGUACACCCUCUAGUGCACAGCAUGAUCAACAUUGUUGUAGCAAACUUUGUUGCUAACGUUGUUCUUUCGAUUGGGGCAUCCCCAAUCAUGUCCCCAUAUGGCGAUGAAGCCACAGACCUGUGCAACCUUGAUGGCGCACUCCUGAUCAACAUGGGAACUCUAACUAGCGACAGUGUUUCCAACUACCUCAAAGCCAUCAAGGCAUACAAUGAGCGUGGUAACCCGGUCAUCUACGACCCUGUCGGUGCCGCUGCUACCCACAUUCGCCGCAAUGCGGUUUCUCAACUCAUGGCGGGUGGCUACUUUGAUUUGAUCAAGGGCAACGAGGGCGAGAUUCGUCAGGCCUGGGGUAGCAGUGCUGUUCAGCAGCGCGGUGUGGACAGUGGACCAAGCACUCUGGACAGCAAGCAGAAGGCCACCCUGGCCCGAGACCUUGCUCGGAGAGAGCGAAACGUUGUUCUCAUGACCGGAGCCACAGACUAUCUUAGCGACGGCGAGCGAGUCAUCGCCGUCGAAAACGGUCACCCGUACCUUGGCCAGGUUACCGGAACCGGUUGUGCCAUCGGCACACUUGCCGGCUGCUUCCUCAGUGCCCAUCGCUCGGACAGACUCCUCGCCGUGCUAUCUGGUAUUCUCAUGUACGAGAUCGCCGCUGAGAAUGCAGCUGCCAGCGAGCAUGUUCGUGGCCCCGGUAGCUUCGUGCCCGUAUUCCUUGAUGAAUUGUAUGCUAUCCGCACUGCUGUGGCCAAGGGUGACGAUAGCUGGUUUGCUGGCCGUGCUAAAGUGCACGAGAUUAAGUUGUAG